AUGGGAGGUGUCGGUCAUUCUGCUGCUGUCGGCCCCGACGGCCUGGGGCAAGCUAGAAAGCGUAAUGUCACCAUGGCGGGGCUAGACAGCUCUCCGGGGAGUGUAGAUGUGGAUGAUAUCGAGGACAGUGAGCUCCGUGACGAGAAGAAGAGACAGCCUGUGAAACGCGCGUGCAACGAAUGUCGCCAGCAAAAGCUUCGAUGCGAUGUGUCUCAAGACCCAUGGAGCGACUGUUCGCGAUGUCGACGUCUAAAACUCGAUUGUAAAAUCGAAUCAAACUUCAAGCGCGUUGGAAAGCGAAGCCGAAAUGCAGAGAUGGAACGCGAGAUCAUUGAAUUGAGGAAGAAGGUUGCGAAUUCGCAAGCGAAUAAUCUCGCCCAGCACCAGCAGCAACCUCUUCAAUCGGCGCAUCCUACACCAAAGCAAGAAUCAAGCCAUGUCAGUCCGGCUGGGGCUUACCAGACACCUUCUGCCAUAUCGUCUGACCAGUACAUGGGCUCUCAAGAGGCCGUGGCGUCCUUGUUAGACUUGCGUUCGGGCUUUGAUGGUUCCAACUACAUGCGGAAUGGCAAUCAUCAACUCAAGCGACUUGAAGAUGUCAUUAUCAUACCAGAGACGAUGACAGAGUUAUUCAACUUGUUUUUCCUAUUCUACCAUCCAUUCCUCCCGUUCCUCGACCGAGAGCGAUCGCCUGAAGACUACUAUCACACCUCGCCACUUCUUUUCUGGACUAUAAUUAGCGUUGGUGCACGACGGUACCAAGGGGACUCUCAUCUCCUUAAUUCUCUGGCCGGUCCGGUGUCGCGACUCGUAUGGAGCACAUUAGCAGACAUCCCACAGAGCUACCAUGUCGUCAAGGCUCUUUGUCUGCUUUGCACAUGGCCUUUUCCAACCAGCAGUACCUCAACAGACCCGACGUUCAUGCUGUGUGGUAUGAUGAUGCAAGUCGCCAUGCAACUUGGUCUUCACCGGCCUUCGCACACUCAGGACUUUAGCAAGUUCACAGUGGAGCUGAUUGAGGAGGAGCUCAGGGAUAAAGUGAGAACAUGGGCGAUCUGCAAUAUUGUGGCUCAGCGGGUUGCAACUGGUUAUGGACAACCACCGUCUACUCUCUACGACUGGACACUGUCGUGGAGCGAGUUGACAGACCCGAACUUCAAGCUUCCUGAGGGCAUAAAACCCAGACUCGAGAUUGAGCGAUUCUGUAACAAGGUCACCAAAUCCCUUUACACCAACCAGCGAGACCCGGUUGGACUGUGCAGUGAUCAGGAGCGGUCAACCUUGAUAUCGUUCCUCGCGCGAGAUUUUGAUGAGCUUGAGCAGAAGCACAAAGUACAAAAUGACUGUACGUUACCUUGUUUCUCGGCAAAGAGCUAUGCUAAUCUUGAAGGUGUCACCGACCUUUAUCUCCGCGCCGCGAACCUCCACCUUCACUUAUCAGCUUUCUUCGACGAUCCGACGACAACGAAGGAUUACCGUGAGCGUCUCUUGACUCUUUACGCUGCAACAACAUCGUUCCUCGAGGCCGCCAUGAACCUCGAAACAGAAGUCGGACCAGUUCUAUCUUACACACCUUACUAUAUAUACCAAAUGAUGGUGGCAGGAGGAUGCACGUUGCAGAAGCUGGGGAAGAGCUUCUUUUCCACUCACAUCGAUAUGGAUUACACCAAGAACCUUUUCAACCGAACCAUUUGGGCCAUCCGCGGUGUGUCUGUGUCUAGCAACGACCUCCCAGAACGGCUGGCAGAGGUUCUGGCGCAGAUGUGGAGAUUGGGAGGUGCUCCAGCUCCUAAUAAUACGGAGGUCGACGACACUUUGACGCUGAAGGUUCGGUGUCGCAUGAGUAUGUCCUUGCUCUACGACUCUGUGUGGAGAUGGCGAGAGGAUGCAAGGACCAAGGGUCGGAAUAUCGAAGCAUACCUCAAAAACCCCACAAACCCUGACUCCAACGCAGACUCCUCAGCAAACUCCUCCGCUGCCGCAGGCCGUCCCGCAUCCUCAACACCAGUGGUCAGCGGUGGGGACCCCAGCUUAGCACCCGCGCCUAUACUCGCUCAAGCAAACCUCGGGGUGGGAGAAACACAUAGCCUACCGAGCGGGUUCAUGGAACCGAAUUAUGAGGUGUUCGACCCACUAAACUGGCUACUCGAUGGCUUGGUUGAUUUACCGUAUCCGUACUCAACGGUUUCAGGAAUGGAGGCUCAGGGCAUUGCCUAA